ACUCUCCUUUACUUGACUUCGCCCAACCACUUUCCUUCGUACAAUUUCUAUUUCAAUUUCAUAUCACAAUAACACAAUUACGUUCGUUUCAUUUCAGCUUCACAUUUUUUUUUUCCAUUCAAAUCCACAAAUCUCAAUCUCAUACACAUUUAAAAAAAAAGGAAUUAUAAACAUUACGAAGCUUGGAAAAUCACGGUCUUUUAAAAUCUUCAAGUCAAUCAUUUGAAAAUUCCAACGUCCUUAAUAAGUCACAGUUUUCCUUCUCUUGGUGAAUUAGUUUUUCUCGUAAAAGAAAAGAAAAGAAAAGAAAAGAAAAGAAAAUUGAUUAGGUUUUUUGGGGGUAUUGAGAAAAUGGACAAGAGCGAUUCGUUCAAGUACUACACAUCAUCGGAAAAGGAUUCCCAGAAUUCAAGGAAUUCGGAUUUCGGACUCGGCUCAACCGAUCGGAGAUUGGCGUUUUCGCGUCAAGCUUCGUUCGCACAAUCGAAGCCUCUGCUCUCUCGUAGCGUCUCCAGCAUAGACAUUCCGCCUGGAUUCGACAACUUUUACGGUGAAAGUAAAGGACCGGCGGAGAAAUUCUCGGCUUCGUUGUUCGUUUCCUCGGUUUUUCGGAUCCUAAGGACUGGUAAUAGGUACAUGAAGAGGUUGUUCCUCAUGAUUUCGCUUAAUGUUGCGUAUUCCACCUCGGAAUUAGCUAUCGGCCUCUUUACGGGGCGUGUUGGUUUGGUCUCUGAUGCCUUUCAUUUAACUUUUGGCUGUGGCCUGUUGACAUUUUCAUUGUUUGCAAUGGCUGCCUCAAGAAAUAAACCAGAUGGAGUUUACACUUAUGGGUACAAGAGGCUAGAAGUCUUAUCUGCUUUUACAAAUGCUCUGUUUCUUCUGUUUAUGUCAUUCUCCUUAGCUGUGGAAGGACUUCAUGCAUUCAUCCAAGAUGAAUCUGAGCACAAGCAUUACUUGAUUGUUUCUGCGGUGACAAAUUUAUUGGUGAACCUCAUUGGUGUUUGGUUCUUCCGGAAUUAUGCUCGCAGAAAUCUUGUCUACAGAAAUGCAGAAGAUAUGAACUACCACUCAGUUUGCCUGCAUGUUCUUGCAGAUUCCAUUCGCAGUGCAGGUUUGAUAUUGGCGUCUUGGUUUUUGUCCCUUGGGGUUCAGAAUGCGGAAGUAUUGUGUUUGGGACUAGUUUCAGUUGCAGUUUUUAUGCUUGUCAUGCCACUCUUUAAAGCAACUGGAGGCAUCUUGCUUCAAAUGGCACCACUUAGUAUUCCAACUUCAGCCUUGAGCAAAUGCUGGAGACAGAUUACUACCCACGAAGAUGUAUCGGAGGUUUCUCAAGCUCGUUUUUGGGAAUUAGUCCCUGGUCACGUUGUUGGCUCUGUCUCAAUACAGGUGAAGAAAGAGAUGGAUGAUCGUGCAGUCCUCCAAUUCGUGCAUGGUUUGUACCAUGAUCUGGGUAUACAGGAAUUGACCCUGCAAACUGAUGAUGUCUGAGAUUUCCUAUAUUCUUUUUUGUAUGAUUAUUUUGUUGGCCUUAGAUACAUUGAUUCUGGUUUAUAACAUGGUGGUACAUGAGAUUAAUUGUAGAUUGGAAGUCCUUUAUAAGGAAAUGUUAUUGGUUGUUGACUUGUCAUCACAAAUGGGUGUAUCGCCAGUAAAAGGGACAGUAAAUGAUGGCUCUUUGUAGGGAUAAGUGAUUCUUGUAAUUGUCUUCAUUUCAAGUAAUUGGAAAAAUUAGUCAGGUUUCUCUAUGAA